CGGAAGUGGACGUGUUUUCAAGUUAUUGGAACAGAGGAAUUUAUGCCCUCGAUUUGACUUCCCAGGCUCUGUCCCGCACUCAAUAAGCUCCAGAGAACAAGUGGUUAUAUUGAAAUGUGGAUCAUAUGUGUUUAAAGGUGCCCCAAAUCAUGAAGCAGCUACCUCCAGACACGGUACGGCUGCUGUCCAGCUCCCAGGUCAUCACCUCUGUGGUGAACGUGGUGAAAGAACUGAUGGAAAAUUCCCUGGAUGCUGGGGCUACAAGCAUUGAUGUCAAACUGGAGAACCACGGUCUGGACAGGAUAGAAGUGCGUGAUAACGGCCAUGGCAUCAAAGCCGCCGAUACGCCCGUGAUGGCUGUGAGACACUUCACGUCAAAGAUCUGUAGCCACGAGGACCUGGAGCGACUGGAGACGUACGGCUUCCGAGGAGAAGCGCUGGGCUCCAUCUGCACCGUGGCCGAGGUGGCCGUCAUCACAAAGACAGAGGAGGAUGACCUCAGCACCCAGUACACGCUUAACUUCACAGGGGAGAUUGUUUCUCAGAAGCCGUCUCACUUAGGUCAAGGUACAACUGUGAGCGUAAUGAAGCUUUUCAGGAAUCUUCCAGUGAGACGGCAGUACUAUUCCUCUACCAAGAAGUGCAAGGAGGAAGUGAAGAAAGUGCAGGACCUGCUGAUGGCUUACGCGAUUAUAAAACCUGACCUGAGGCUCACACUCGUUCACAAUAAAGUGGUGGUUUGGCAGAAGGCCAAGGUGGCCGAUCACAGAAGUGCCCUCAUUGCUACGCUGGGGCCCAGCGCCGUCGUCAACCUGCUCCCAUGCCACCAUCGCCAAGAGCAACCAGAGAUUCUCUUAGAGGGCUUUUUUCCAAAGCCUGGAGCAGAUUACUCCUCUACAAGCUGGUCCAACCCUGACAAAACAUUUAUAUUUGUCAACAACCGGCCUGUCCACCAAAAAGAUAUGAUGAAGUUGUUGCGUCAACACUACGCUGCUCAGUAUCCGGAUGACGCGGCCCGAAACCGUUAUCCCACCGUCAUGCUUAAAGUCACAGUUUCACCAUCCUCGGUCGACGUCAAUCUGACGCCAGACAAGACUCAAGUUCUUCUUCAUGACAAGGAGGCUGUGCUGACCGCAUUAGAGGCUUUCCUGGUUUCUCUGUAUGGCUACCGGCCUAGUGGUGACCCCCCAGCUGAGAAGCAGCUCGGCCCUGAGACCUCGUCGUCCAGUCCUCUGCAGACCGAUGUUUCACAACCGCACGACGACCAAAGUGUAGAGAGGGAUGACUGUCUCACCGACCACAACGUCAAAGAUGCACCUAAACGUGGUGACACAGCAACAAGCACUGGUGCUUCACUGGACCGCCAGACCUCAAACAGCAGCUCCUCGUCCUCCUUAGCAGAGGACUGGAUUGUCAACCAGAUCCCAGCCGGGCUUGAGUCGAACUUUUCUCUCUGUGAUGAGAGAUGCAACCGGACAGCAGAAACAGGCUCAGCAAACAAGUCCCCUGAGAGACUUGAGGACAGUGCCGGGUCAGGUGCCCCAGACACGAGCAAAGACCAGAUAUCGGCUGAGGACUGGAGCCGGGGGACGGCUUUGACCGACCCCGUAUCAGGAGAGCCCCUGCAGCCAGUCAAAAUUUAUCACCCCUCAAAGAACAGUCAUUCUGACUGGGAUCAGAUCACGGGUCAGAGCAGCUCGAGCAAAAAGAUGCUCAACGCUGUAACGGAGAAGCGGGCUGCUCUGACAGCCUACGACCUGAUCAACAACCGCGUCAUGAGGGCACCGCUUUCUCCCGCCGCCCUGUUCGAGAAGGAGGCCAGAGCAGAGGUCCUCAGGGAGAAACCCGCAGCCAGCCUGCAGGAUAUCAGCACCGCCGUCCACGAGAGGUGGAAAAAUCUGAGGGAGGAAGACCGUAAGAAGUACGAGGAGAAGGCAAGGAAACACCUGGAACACCACGACCAAAGGACCAAGCUGGCCUCUGUUGAAGGCCCCAGGGAGACGAGCUCGGGCACCCCGAGGGGCCUGAAACGCAAAGUCCCACAGUCCAACCAGAAGCUGCUGGACGAGCUCUUCUCUGCACAGCCCCAGAAGAAGAACAGGAGCCCUGCACCCAAGCCCUCGCUGCCCCUCCCCUGCAGCGUGCCUUCCCUUAGGCUGCAGCUUCAGCGCCUUUCAUCCCAGAGCGGCGCAGUGCCACGGGGCCUCCGUCUUGUAAACCGACUGGCCUCUCAGAGCGCCUGGGUCAUUUUAUGUGGUCAGAGGCUCAUGUUGUUAAACCCAUUUCGAGUGGAGGAAGCCUUGCUGUUUAAGAGACUUCUAGAGAAUAAUAUACUUCCAGCAGUGAGUCUGCAGAACCCUAUACAGUUAACAGAUGGAAAUCUAGGGGGAGCAGAAUAUACUGAGGCUUUGUGCAACAUGGAGAAACAAAGCCCUGAGCUCAGUGGAGCAGCCUUCUUCUCUGAUCCCAGGCUUGUGGCUAAUGGAUUUAAGAUCCGACUCACUCCAGGCCCCACGUCAGCCGAGAGACAUCUGGAAGUGACAGCAAUGGCAGACUACGUGCCUUUCCUCGGCGUGGAGGACCUCAGGGAGAUCCUGACUGCAGUUCUUCACAGGAAGGCCAAGACCGUGCAAGAGUGUCGGCCACUUAAAGUCACAAACUACCUACAAGGUGAAGCAGUUCGACUCGUCCGUCAGCUGCCUACAAAUUUAACCCGGGAAGACGUGGAGGAAACCCUGCUCAGGAUGCAGCAGCAGCUGGGUGAGAACAGCCGGACUUGCAUCCACGGACGACCUUUUCUUCAACACUUAUUGGACGUCCCUUCUACGGACCAGGAAGCUGAAGCUCUGCUGAGGCCUUUAGAGCUCUAAGAAGUGGACACCUUAAUGAAGAAAUCACAGCAGUGCAAUAUCUGUGGAACGGCUGAUUAUUCUCUAUGCAAGCUGCCUGAUUUGUUUCCUUUCUGCUCAAGCGAUGGCAGACUUUGUUACAAACAGCAUAAAAUAAAUGUAUUUUUCCCACAGUC